GCGAGCUGUCCACUGAGGUAUAAAAGAACGGAGCUUUCGGGCGGUGUUUGUGGGAUUGCAGAAACACGCUAGCCCCCCCCCCUAAAGAAAUGAAACGGCUAUGCAUAUGUGAGAUCUGCAGCUGUGGACGCCAUCGCUGCCCCCACCGACCCACAGCUCUGUAUGGAAAGCCCAAUGUGACAUGUGUCCUGACCGAGUACACAGAGAAGUACCCCGCCUAUGGAGGAUACAACCCGCCCCAGAGCCUGAAACCAAAGCCUGUUAACCACGGUGACCGGGGCAGAAUGGAUGGAACUACUACAUUCAAGACUGACUUUAUUCCCUACGUGGUGACUCGACGCCCGGGGAAACAGCAGGCGGAGUACAAACCCAAACCUGGAGACAUAGAUCUGGGGACCACCUACAAACAGGACUACAGCCUUUAUGAGGUCCAACCCUUCGCCCCUUCCAGACCCAGUGAGAGGGUACGCACAACAGGGCACAAAAUGGAUACAGUGCCUACAUACAAAGAGGAUUUCCGACAGUGGGAGAUGUGCAAGCGGGAGCUGAAGAAACCCGACCUGACCUACCACCCGCCAGACGCCAAGUUCGACGGCCACACCACAUUCCAGGACGACUUCCUCUCCCGAGGCCUUGCCCCCAGGGAGAGCUUCAAGCCCUCCAGUAUCCCCAAAAUGUCCGAUACCCCCUUCGAUGGGGUGACCAGUAACCAGCAGUGCUAUGUGUCCCACCCUCUGGAGGCACGCUGGGUGAAGGCUCCAGAGCCCUAUAAACCCAGUAGCCAGCCCCUACAAGACCUCACCACCAACCGUAGAGACUACCAGGGCCUGCCAGGACAGCUGCCCCAGAGCUAUAAGCCUAACCCUGGAAAGGUGACGUCUGACGUUCCCUUUCAGAGCAGCACAGAGUUUAAGGAGCGUUUCCAGCAGUGGCCCGUGGCCCUGCCUCAGCUGCACAAGAGCCUGCAGUAUGUCAGCCCCACAGAGCACAUGGACAUGAGCACCACGUCUGGUUCAGUCUAUGUCCAACACAACAUCCAGCCCUUCAUCUCUGCCAAGCCUUUCAAUCGGCCCACCAAGUCAUCAGCUCCCUUCCAGGUCUGCACCACCAUGAGGAAUGACUACCAGCCUUGGGAGGUCAAGAGACAGGCCAUGAUCAAGAAGCCUGAAGAGAUGCAGAGAGCCACCGGAAGGAUGGACCACCUCACCACUUUCAAGGCCCAUUUUACACCCCAUGAACUGCAGCCCAAUGUGAGCUUCAAGCCAGCUCACGCCCCCUUGAGGGCUGAUGCCCCAUUGGAGAGCGGCACCAUGUACAGCACAGAGUUCACCCCCAAGAGGAUCAGCGUUUGUCCAGCUAGCUACGACUCCCUGCCGGGCUUCGUGUUUGAGGACAGCGACGACAGGGGACACAGGUUCUACAGGAAGUUGCCAUCUAAGGACAUUAACAAGAUGGCCGCCGGCAUGGCGGUGGCUGUGGUGUCAUAACAUUUAACCAUGAUAUUUGGUGACCAAUGCUUUUAAUCUUAAAAAGAGCGUGUGAAGACAAAACUACUUUUGUUUGGUCUGUUAUGUUUUCAUUUGAUUUUCCUACUACCUGUAUAGUAAGUAUCAAUGAUGUGAUAAUCAAAUGGAACCAACAAUUAUGAACAAACAGGCCGUUAUAAAAUAAACUUCCCUGUAUUCUGGUUGAUGGUUUUGAUUGAAUAGUUGGCUAAUCUUUGUUUUACAAAUUUGCGAAUCAUUAGUCAUUAAAACAAGCACUUCAUUUCUUAAUGAAUUAUCCUUGUGUGUCCGUGUGCCAAACUCUGCAUCAAGUCACCAGUCACACAUUUAUUGAAAUUCAAACAAUGCAGAACUUUCAGGGUUAUUUUCAUAGUCCAAAAUAAUGGUUCAAAGUGCAAAAGACCGGAAACUUCAUUAUAAUCUGUCAGUGUGAUUUCAUUUGAAACUUCAUUAUAAUCUGUCAGUGUGAUUUCAUUUGAAACUUCAUUAUAAUCUGUCAGUGUGAUUUCAUAUGAAACUUCAUUAUAAUCUGUCAGUGUGAUUUCAUAUGAAACUUCAUUAUAAUCUGUCAGUGUGAUUUCAUAUGAAACUUCAUUAUAAUCUGUCAGUGUGAUUUCAUAUGAAACUUCAUUAUCUGUCAGUGUGAUUUCAUAUGAAACUUCAUUAUCUGUCAGUGUGAUUUCAUAUGAAACGUCAUUAUAAUCUGUCAGUGUGAUUUCAUUUGAAACUUCAUUAUAAUCUGUCAGUGUGAUUUCAUUUGAAACUUCAUUAUAAUCUGUCAGUGUGAUUUCAUAUGAAACUUCAUUAUAAUCUGUCAGUGUGAUUUCAUAUGAAACUUCAUUAUAAUCUGUCAGUGUGAUUUCAUAUGAAACUUCAUUAUAAUCUGUCAGUGUGAUUUCAUAUGAAACGUCAUUAUAAUCUGUCAGUGUGAUUUCAUAUGAAACUUCAUUAUAAUCUGUCAGUGUGAUUUCAUAUGAAACUUCAUUAUAAUCUUUCAGUGUGAUUUCAUAUGAAACUUCAUUAUAAUCUGUCAGUGUGAUUUCAUUUGAAGGGAGCAAUAAAACAUGUUUUAACUAGAGUUUAGAAAAAAAGCUAUAGAAAAAUAGUGGCCUCUUUAUAAUGCACAUUGUUGGAAAAAAGUUUCAUAUAAAAUCACACUGACAGAUUGAGUCUUAUGGUCAUUGAGUCUUAUGGUCAUUGAGUCUUAUGGUCAUUGAGUCUUAUGGUCAUUGAGUCUUAUGGUCAUUGAGUCUUAUGGUCAUUGAGUCUUAUGGUCAUUGAGUCUUAUGGUCAUUGAGUCUUAUGGUCAUUGAGUCUUAUGGUCAUUGAGUCUUAUGGUCAUUGAGUCUUAUGGUCAUUGAGUCUUAUGGUCAUUGAGUCUUAUGGUCUCCCUCUGUGUGUUUAUAAUGAGUAUUACCAAACAAAAUAUCAGGUGAUCAAACUGUCUUUAUUAUCUUAGUAUGUUGUCUUUCUAGAGCAUUUAAAAGUUUUGUUCCAUAAACAUGCUCCUUCAGUCCAGUUAGGAUUCUACAAACGGUAUCCAUGUCAACACCCAAUGUUAUGGUAACGUUAUCCAUAUGUUGUCCUAAAUAUCAGUAGCAUUGAUUAUUGUCAGUAUGCAUUUGUUUGAGUGAGUGGCACUUGAUAAUGUGUCUGCAAAACACAUGACAUGUCUCUACAAAUCAUUGGUGAUUGUAGGAAAAUGCAUGAGAAUGAAACCAGAAGGGAAAGGUAUUAAACACCUGUGAUCCAACAACAGCAAGUGCUUAUUAAUAUACUGUAUGGUUUCUAUCCAGUCUUUUUAAACAGGCGCUAAGACAACUAAAUAAGGUAAGAAAAUAAAGUCCCACAAAAAAUCUACAUACUCUCAAUGUACAAUAUUGCACUUAAAACACAGUAUUUACAAGACAUUUUACAAUGCAGCACAUUGGUUGGAUAAUCAAAACAAUACUAAAAAGGAACAGACCCCAUUAUUCAAACAGAGAAAUAUGACAGUCAUGUUUUCUCUCGGGGCCCAUCCUAAAUGCCACCGCAUUCCCUACAUAGUGCACUACUUUUGACCAGUACUGCAGUAUGUAGGGCAGUGGUGGUGGGCGGGGCCCGGAACAUCAUUAUAGAAAUUUGUACAAUGCAAAUGGACCACAAGCAAGCAGAAAAAUAGAUGGAAUUGGAAAAUAACAAUAAGUUCAUACCUUGAUUACAUUGAGACACAAUCACAUAUGUCUCUCUUGUUAUUAGUGGGAAUAGAUUUUGGCCCGUCCACCUGUUUCCGACCCCUGAUGUAGGGAAUAUGAUUGGGUGCCAUUGGGAACACAACCCAUACCUCUCUCGGUCACUGCAGGGCCUAUUUAUUCCAAACAGUGAUCAUUUCUGUGGACAAUUAUUAUCUCACAUAAUACAUACUACUGUAUGCACUGUACUCUGAUGAAUAAGUUUCAAAUGUAUGUACACAUUGAAUGUUAACUGUUAUGGCAAAUAUGCAAUAUCCAAUAAAUCAUU